AUGGCGCCAACAACCAGGUCAUUGAAGCGUCGUGCAGACGAUGCGCUACCCGUGACUCCUGAAACAACUCAGACCGCCACCGCCACCAAAGAGGAUGAACUUACCGUGCAGUCCGGAGACGAACGUUCUGAUGCUCCAGUGUCAGACACCAAAACCGAGACCAGAUCUGCUCGGAAACGUCCUCGUCGCACUCAGAAAGAAGAGGGUAACUCUGCCGUUAUCAGGUCAUCCAAACAAGUCAAGAUCAAGGGGAAACUUGAAGUGUUUAAGAACCUACCGGUUGAAGUUUUUAUCGGGAUUGCCAAGUAUCUACAUCCAUUUGACCUCGUUCUCCUCUCCCGAGUCAACAAAUUUUUUCGCGAGCUAUUUAUGAGCCGUCAAGCCGCGUCUAUCUGGGUCUCGGCUCGGCUGAAUGUGCCUGAUCUUCCCCCAUGUCCACCCGAGCUUUGUGAGCCGCAAUAUGCAGCGCUUUUAUUUACGAAAAUAUGCUCGCAUUGCGGAAAAUACGCACCACGUCACAUGGAUCCUAUCCUACUGGUUAGACUAUGUUCAAGCUGUCGAGAGGACGAGUUCAAGUGCAUGCGAAGCACAUACGAAAAAGUACCGGAUUUGAAUUUGAUCUCGCGCUCUUCAGAAUGCGUCCCUCGUAGUUUCCGCCGAUAUGGUUUGCUCUGCCUCAGUAGUGAUGCCGAUGCCAUCGAGUCCAAAAUCAAAGAGCUCAUGGCUGCUGGAGAUAAAGAAGCUCUGUCUCGUUGGAAAGAAGAGCGCAAAAAUGCGGUGGAGAAUCGAUACAUCAAUGCUGAUCUCUUCAGAAAAUGGUUCGCAGCUCGGGACCGAGAUCGAGAAUCAGAGCUUAAUCAAUUAAAGGAUGCCCAUGAAGCCGAAGUAGAGUCCCGACUCAUAAGUCUGGGAUGGGAAAAGGUUGAUCAUCUGCCUCAAGAUAGACGUAGAGGCAAACGGUGGCUCUCUCUCGUUCGUAGUUCCAAAUCUUUGACGGACCGUGCGUGGGAAAAAUUGCUCCCAUUGCUCACAGAGCAUCUCGAAAUAAACAAGAAGGAGCGCCUUGUGAGAGAGCGUUGUAAUCGCAGAACUGAACGCUCUUUACAAGUCAUCGACUUUUGGAACUCGACCAAGGAGCAGCUGCCUUGCCUAAUUGAGAUGAUUCAAGAACAAGUCGACACCGAAAAUGUUUCUCCGACUGAUACGUCCAAGAGUGCUAUACGCCGGUCUUUCCCUCCGUUGUUUGAAGUGCAGAGACUGCCUGAAUGCCAAAAAUUGAUGGAAGAAGACAUAACUGGAUCAGAAAUGAAAUUGAAGCUUUUGGAGAAACAAGACGUUUUCACCGAAUUCGCUGACAAGUGGGCAACCCGGCUGGAAGAAAUGUUGAUCCAGCACCUGCCGGAUCAUGUCGAGCCACCCGAUUUUAACAUGCAGGGGUCUUCUCUCAGACCUCGUAUACAGCCCGCUGAUACCCUUUUCGCUGGGGUUCAGAUGUUGUUACGAGCAGAUGUUAUCUUCAAGCGGAACGGAUACAGUUCAAGAAGCUUCUAUCCUGAAGAUUUUUCAGAUACCCCCCGCCCAGAUAUAUUAUCUUAUGAUACAGAGGCGUCAAGUAUGGCCACCGAGUUAUUACGCGCACUCGGGAAACCAGGAGCAACGUACUUGGAAAUAAAAUCCAUGGGGACCGUUUUUAAGUGCGGGAGAUGCCAUGAUCAUGGUGGACCUCUCAACUGGAAGACUAUUAUUUAUCAUUAUAUCGAACAAAAGUCGGAAUGGCUUCGUCGAACCCAAUCUCAAAGCGUCCGCUUGGCCGAGGAUUUUGUCUAUCUAUCCUCCCAUGACACAAAAGUGGAAAAUUCAAAGCCGCUGGUUCGAGUUGUGAAAAAGAACGAUUAUACUCCAUAUUAUUUAUACCAUGACGGGGUAUCGUGCUUAGUAUGUAGCAAGGUCGGCAUUCAUCAUAAAUUCCCAGAAUCUUUCAUUGGCGAUCAUCUAUAUGACGUGCAUUUGAUCGAAGAACCGGAAAAGGGAAAGCAUUUUCAAUAG